ACGAAAAAAACGAUAAAAAAAUAUUCCAACACAUCAAAAAUCAACAAGAAACUCGAAACAAUCGCUCUCAGUACAAAUCUUAGUCUAUAAAAUUCUAUUUAAAAGAUGAAUAAAUUUACGUGUGCUUUACUUUUACUGCAUUUAGUGUUAAUUGAUGCCACACUAUCUCCUCCUGGCAACAAUAAAAAAUCAAAAACGAAGGAAAAGGAAAUAAAAAUUAAAACGGGACCAAUUUAUCCGACAACAGUGCUGGAACGCGGAUUAGCGGAUGACGAUCAACCUUUAGCGAAGAAUAUUAUUCAGGAAAGUGGUGCUUAUUGCAAAGAAACGACAACGAAGCACUUCAAUUCAACAGUUCUCGCAUAUCUGACGCCAUGGAAUCGAAAGGGAUAUGAAGUUGCGAAGACUUUUGGUAGCAAAUUCGACAUCAUCAGUCCCGUUUGGCUGCAAAUCGUGCGUUUGGGUGACUUGAAGUACGAAGUUCGAGGCACUCAUGACGUCGUUGAGCUUCGUACAGCUGACAAUCCGGGAACGAAAAUUCUUCCGCGAAUUCUCUUCGAUAAAUUCACAAAUCAGGAUUAUUCGAAGCUGCUUUCGUACAAAAAUGAACGAAAUGUUGUCGCAAAGUUAAUUUCUGACACAUGCAAGAAAUACAAGUUCGAUGGGAUCGUUUUGGAAUUCUGGAGUUCGUUAUCAGCGCGUGCCGACGACGAACAUCUUCUCACGCUAGUCAUUGAAAUCGCUCAAACUCUCAAAUACGACAAUUUCGACUUUAUUCUCGUUGUGCCGCCAUCAAGAAAGGAAUCUGUGGAGCUUUUCACGCCGGAACACUUUGAAAAAUUAUAUCCGCAUGUCACGGCAUUCUCUUUGAUGACGUACGAUUACUCGAGUUACCAACGUCCCGGACCAAAUGCACCUCUGGAUUGGGUUCGUGCCGCCGUGGAAUUCGUUUGUCCCGACACCGCAGCCAAUUUCAUGGAAAAACGACGUAAAAUCCUGAUGGGAUUGAAUUUCUAUGGACAAGAUUUCACCCCAGAAGGCGGAAAACCCAUCAUUGGACAUGAAUACAUCGAAAUGCUGAAGAACGUAAAAGGUCGUUUACGCUUCGAUGAUCGCGAUAUCGAGAAUUAUUUCGAAAUUAAGACAACCACGGGACGUCAUAUGGUAUUUUAUCCAACAUUACAUUCCAUAAAUGAACGUUUGAAGCUGGCACAAGAGCUCGGAACGGGAAUUUCCAUUUGGGAAAUUGGUCAGGGGCUUGAUUACUUCUACGAUUUGUUCUAAUCUGUGACGAAUAAAGUGAUUUCAAUCGAUUUUUCGGCUU